UGCUGUCGAGAGUCGAGAGAGAGAGAGAGCAAUCAUGGCCCUCUGGUUUUCUUCCUUCUCUGCCACGAACUUGCGCUCUUCUAUGUUCUCUUUCUACCAAACGUCACAUUUUCCUCUCUACUCAUUCGUAGACAAGAAAACGAUUUUUAGGAGAAGCCGCAGGACUAGAGCUUUGAGAGAAUGGCAAGAAUAUGAAGACGCAGUGAAGGAAAAGGACCUCGGCAGAGCUCUUAGAUUCUUGAAAUCUCUGGAGGGUCUCUCAAUUCAAUCCUCUGCUUCUCCUACGUCGGCGUCUAUUCCUCCAAUUCCUUCGUCGGGUGAUGAUUUAAAGUUGUUUCGGACGGAGCGGGACUGGGAAGUUUUGGAUACGUGCCUGAAUGCUGACGAUAUGAAGCUUGUGGGAAGUGCUUAUGCGUUUCUCAAGGACAGAGGAUUCUUGCCUAAUUUCGGAAAAUGCAGGAAUAUAGUUCUGGAGGGUCCAAGAGAUGUUACACCAACAGUUUUGAGGUCUUCAACUGGUUUGGAAGUGUCUAAGCUUUCUCCAAAAAAGUGGGGUCUUUCUGGAAGCUCUAGUGCUGCUUUAGUUGCUUUUCUUGGUGGUGUAUCCUUUCUGCUCUCUCAAGGAGUAGAUAUAAGGCCUAACCUUGCAGCCGUAUUAGUGCUAGCCAUGCUAGAUGCUGUUUUCCUUGGAGGAUGCUGUUUUGCUCAAAUCUCCAGUUAUUGGCCUCCAUAUAGGCGUCGGAUUCUUGUUCACGAAGCAGGGCACCUUCUCACUGCAUACCUGAUGGGCUGCCCAAUUCGUGGGGUGAUUUUAGACCCAAUUGUUGCAAUGCAGAUGGGAAUCCAAGGGCAGGCAGGAACUCAAUUUUGGGAUGAGAAAUUGGAAAAAGAGCUUGGAGAAGGCCGGCUUAGCACUGCUGCCUUUGACAGGUACUGCAUGGUUCUUUUUGCUGGAAUUGCAGCUGAAGCUCUUAUAUAUGGAGAGGCUGAAGGUGGAGAAAAUGAUGAGAAUCUGUUUAGAAGUAUCUGUAUUCUUCUGGAACCCCCAUUGUCUAUUGCACAGAUGUCAAAUCGAGCAAGGUGGUCCAUUCUACAGUCAUAUAACCUUCUCAAGUGGCAUAGACAUGUUCAUCGUGCUGCUGUUAAGGCCCUAGAAAGGGGCUGCACUCUUAGUGGAGUUAUCAGAAGUAUCGAGGAAGCGAUGCUAAUUAAUAGAUGAACUGGUCAAAGCA